AACCUGAGCUAAGGGCGAGAGAAAAGAGAGGACUGUUAUUUUGACCAUCACAUAGAAUAGACUUUUGAUGUGCGUUUUCCUUUGGAUAUCCCACUUUUGAAUGCGUCACAGUAACAGUGAAUUAGCAUAAAGGCGACUCCUUGGAUGUUUAGAUGAGGAAAAAUAGCCUAUUCCAAGUGUUGUGGCGCCCUCUGCUGUUUGGCUGAGGUGACCUCUGUGACCAUGGGGGCCGAGCUGGAGGAGGGGAUGAACCUCGAUAUUGUUAAAUACUACAACCACUCGGGAAAGUGGGACAGACCUCGUGGGAGUGGGGCAUGUAAGACUGCCCUGCUGCUCUUCAUCUGUAUCCUCAUCGUCCUGGAGAAUGUUACCGUGCUCCUGGCUCUAUGGAGGAACAAACGUUUCCACAGCCGAAUGUACUUCCUGAUUGGAAACUUGGCCCUGUCUGACCUGCUGGCGGGAGUGGCCUAUGUAGUUAACAUCUUCACCUCAGGACGUAACACCUUUUUCCUGACGCCAGUGCAGUGGCUGGCCCGGGAGGGGAGUAUGUUUGUGGCCCUGAGUGCAUCUACCUUCAGCUUGCUGGCCAUUGGGAUAGAAAGACACAUGACCAUGGUGAGGCUGCGCCCCUGUGAGACAGCAGGCAGGGGAAGGCUUCUAGGACUGCUUGCAGCCUGUUGGUUAGUUUCAGUUUUGCUGAGUGCACUCCCCAGUCUGGGCUGGAAUUGCCUCAAUAAGAUGUCGUCUUGUUCCACUGUGCUGCCACUCUAUGAUAAGAGCUAUGUGGCGUUCUGCAUCAGUGUAUUCAGUGCCCUGUUAGUGGCUAUAGUCAUCUUGUACAUCAGGAUAUACCGCCUGGUGACCUCCAGUGGGCGCCGUGUGAGCAGCAGGCCCUCAGAGCGGUCGUUGGCUCUGCUCCGGACAGUUGUGAUAGUGUUGGGAGUGUUUAUCAUUUGCUGGUCCCCUCUCUUCCUCUUGUUGCUGAUGGAUGUAGGGUGUAGUCCAGAGAGGUGCCCCGUGCUGUACCAGGUGGACUGGUUCAUAGCUCUGGCAGUGCUUAACUCAGCCCUGAAUCCACUCAUCUACACCCUGUCCAGCCGAGAGAUGAGAGCCGCCUUCUUCAGACUGCUCUGCUGUGGUCAGGCCAAUCUAGAGCCCAGUGGGACCGCUGUGGUGGGAAACCCCCAUCUGAACACUAUCAUCCCCACAGCUGAGAACAGCAAGAGCAGCCUGGGGCCUGCAGGGGGCACUCUCCCCAGAGGGAAAGGUCCAGGACCAGUGAACUCUGAGAGCAAAGACCCCUGUGCACCAGUACCCCACCCCUCUGGGCCUGCAGAUCUUCUGUCUGCUGUUCUGGUGAAGGCAGGAGCUUUGCCACAGCUCAGUAAGUUCUAAAACAUGGCUGUUACCAUGACAAAUGACGUUAAAUCAAACUUAUUUACGAUGAAAAUGCAAUUAGCGACAGAUGAGCAAAGAGAAACAAGUAACUACAGACUUAUCGCACAGCUUUAAAGCAAAAACACAUCUAAACAGUACCAAGGUUUGUCAGAGUAUUGUUCAAUACCCCACUCAGUUUUUGUUUUGGAAAAUACAUUUCGUGUCUGCGAUGUUGUAAGACAGUGCAUCGGUCUAAUCCUUUGUGUACUGUAAAAUAGUUAUGUGUAUGGAUCACACCAAAGAGGAGGUAGGUUGUCAAUAUGAUAGUAUUUAAAUGUAGUGAAUCUCUUGUGGGAACUGAGCACAGGCCUGAUUCCUUUUGGAUGUGUUUAGUUUUAUCUUUGUGUGUAGAAGAUAAAACUAUUUUGUGCACUUUCUGCAUGUAUAUGCAUUAUCUAUCAGUUUAUGUGUAUUUUACUUUGUGUAGAAAACUAUUUAUUUUCUGGAGAAACACAACAACAGUGUUUUUCUUUGUGUAGAAAACCAUCAUGGUACUAAUCUGUGUUAUUGAUUAAAAUGCACUGCAAGUUCAAUAGACAUGUGGCUGUUGGGUUGCAGUUGGCUACUAUACCAUUCAUGCCACAUAACGAUAAAGCUAAAUUUAAUUAGGUUUACCACUAAAAGAUUGUAGUAUUGUGUCUGUCCUCACGGCGGCACCAGAGCGCUAUAUCUGUGCCUCCAGUAGAUUUAAUUUUGUUCACUUGAGUCCUCUGUGGAUCGGAUCGAUCAGUGAACGGGACCAAUACAACACUUUUCAUUAUUGAACCACUCACACACAGUCAACCACUAUAAUCACGUGUGUUUCAUGCAUGUUUUGAGGUGCCUUAUCUGUACAGCAAAUAAAUACAUUUUUUGGGA